UCAGCUGUACUGGGGCACGUUUCAAAACGUCGCUCCGGGUUGAGCGCUGUGUUAAAACUCUCCGCUGCACUCCUUUUAAAGGCCUUUUUUUUAACUCGUUGAAACUUUUAUACCGGAUAAGUGUUCAUGCUGUUUGAGUUACUUUACCAGGAGAAGAUGUGUCAUGUGCAGCAGACGACCCAGAGAGCGGUGGCUUUCUGAAUAAAUCAUUAAUAACCAUUCCGAAGCUGAAAGGAAAGUGGGUGAAAAUCCCGACGUUUUCUGGUUGAUAUAUGGAUCAGUGACAGGGUCAACACACACGGCAAGCUCGAAUAUCCUCCGUCUCAGUAUCCACAAGUCCUUGAGGCCUCCCACAGGUGUCUUUAAAUAGAUAAGCACUUUAAAUUUGUAGCCAAGGCUGUAACGUGGAGGAAGAGUUAGGUAUGUUCCCAGAUGCAUUGGAGGCUGUAGGACAGGUGGAGGGUUUGACCCUGUCCCCACAACUGACCCCUUCAGACCCUGAAGAUGAAGUGGAAUUGGCCAUUGAAACGAAAAGGCGAGGCAGAUAUCGCCAGAGUUUACAGAUAUUGAAGCCCUUCAGGAUCACGCACAAACACCAACACCCUGUGGACAAUGCAGGAUUUUUCUCCUUCAUGACCCUGCAAUGGCUGUCCCCUCUGGCAUGGAGGGCUCACAAAGAUUCUUGUCUGAAAAUGGAAGAUGUGUGGGGUUUGUCUUGCCAUGAGGCCUCAGAAACAAACUGCCAAAGACUGGAGUGGCUGUGGCACGAGGAACUGAAGCGACGGGGGAAGGAUGGGGCAUCUCUGUCUCGGGUGUUCUGGAGGUUUUGUCAGACUCGCAUGCUGGUGGCCAUCUUCUCCCUGCUCAUCACCAUGGUGGCUGGAUUCGUUGGACCUGCUCUGCUGAUCCGAGCCCUGCUGGAGUUUUCACAGUGUUCAGAGGUGAAGUUGCUCUAUGGUCUGGCGCUGGUCGCAGGGAUUUUCCUCAUGGAGUUGACACGAUCCUGGUCUCUGGCAUUCAUGUGGGCUAUCAACUACCGUACAGCCGCACGCCUCCGGGGAGCUGCUCUUACUUUCGCCUUCCAGAAAAUCCUGCGACUGCGUAGCACUAAAGACGUCAGCUCUGGAGAGCUGGUAAACAUUUGCGCGAGUGAUGGGCAGCGUCUGUACGAGGCCGUCUCAGUGGGCUGUCUGCUGGCCGGAGGGCCCCUUGUUGGAAUGCUGGGACUGACGUACACUACCUAUUUCUUGGGACCUACUGCACUUGUGGGAUCAGCCAUUUUUAUCAUCUUCUAUCCCACAAUGAUGCUGGCCUCCCGCAUGACAGCAUAUUUCCGUAAGAAGUGUGUGGCAGUUACAGACCGCCGCGUUCGGCUGAUGAACGAGAUCCUGGGCUGCAUGAAGUUCAUUAAGAUGUACUGCUGGGAGACGCCGUUUGCCAACAACAUCCAAAAAGUUCGAUCCGAGGAGCGGAGGAACUUGGAGUGGGCCGGUUGUGUUCAGAGCCUGACUCUAGGUGUGGCUCCAGUAGUGGUGGUGAUCGCCAGCGUCUGCACGUUCACUCUUCACAUGGCUCUGGGCUAUGAUCUGACUGCAGCACAGGCCUUCACUGUUGUUGCUGUUUUCAACUCCAUGACCUUUGCUCUAAAAGUCACGCCCUUGGCGGUGCGUGCUUUAUCCGAGGGCUCCGUGGCUGUGAAACGAUUUCAGAAACUCUUCAUGAUGGAGGACAGAGAGCUGAUCUCGGUCAAAACCGAAGAUCCUUAUAACGUGGUGGAGUUUAAAGAUGCCACGCUGGCCUGGGAGAAGACCUGCGGCUCGCAGACGAAAAAGAGCCGAACUCAGCUAAAACGAGGUGGAAUGAAGAGAGUUUUGAGGAGGGAGAAACUGAGUUUGUACAUCAUCACAGAGGAGAACAAAGGGAAAAUCGAGGAACCGAAUGCUGAGCAUCUCCUCACACACAUGGAGCAGGAGAGUCCACAGAGCACUAUCUCCUCCACCCAGAGCAUCAGACCGCCGCUGCACAAGACCCUGCACCGCAUAGACCUGUGCAUUCAGAAGGGGUCAUUGGUUGGGGUUUGUGGUGGAGUUGGCAGUGGAAAGAGCUCGCUGCUGUCUGCUCUCCUGGGACAGAUGACCCUUCUUGGUGGCUCAGUAUCCGUAAACGGAGGCUUCGCAUAUGUUGCUCAACAGGCCUGGAUCCUCAACGAUUCCCUCAGGGAGAACAUCCUGUUUGGAAAAAAAUACAAUGAGGAAAAGUACAACGCUGUACUGGAGGCAUGCUGUUUAUUUCCUGAUAUUAUUGAGCUACCAUAUGGCGAUAUGACUGAGAUAGGAGAGCGAGGGGCCAACCUGAGCGGCGGCCAGCGGCAGAGAGUGAGUUUGGCACGCGCGCUGUACAGCGAGAGACCCAUCCUUCUGCUCGAUGACCCCCUUAGCGCUGUAGACGCUCGCGUGGGCUCACGGUUAUUCCACAGCGCCAUCCGUCCCGCUGCCAAGGGCAAGACUGUCAUCUUUGUCACGCACCAACUGCAGUACUUGCCCGAGUGUGAUGAUGUGGUGUUAAUGAAGGACGGCCAGAUAGCAGAGCACGGCACACACACUCAGCUGAUGGAGAAAGGCCGAGACUACGCUGCCCUUUUCAACAGCGUGCAGCAAGAGAACCUGGUGAGGAAGAACCUGAAAAACAAAGAGAAGGCAGAGAAGGAGAGCAGCCCACAGACGCUUCAUGUCAGCAAUCCACCCAAGCCUGAUACUGAGAGCAAGAAAACAGAUCAGCUCAUGCAGGCGGAGGAAAAGGGAAGCGGGGCCGUGGCCUGGCCUGUGUAUGCAGCUUACAUCAAGGCUGCUGGAGGCCCUCUGGCCUUCAUUGUAACCAUCCUCCUCUUCCUCUUCACCACUGGCAGUAUCGCCUUCAGCAACUGGUGGCUUAGUUACUGGAUCCGGCAGGGCAGCGGGAAUUCUUCACUGCUACUGGGGAACGAGACCGCCGAGAGCGAUAGCAUGCGACUGAAUCCGCACAUACAGUACUACUCCAGGGUGUACGUCUUAUCCAUGGGGGCGGCGCUCUUCCUGAAGACCAUCCGAGGACUGGUGUUCGUCAAGUGCACAGUACGGGCAGCCUCGGUUCUGCAUGAUAAACUAUUUAAAACUCUACUUCUGAGCCCCAUGCGCUUUUUCGACACAACACCCCUGGGACGCAUCCUCAACCGAUUCUCCAAGGACAUGGAUGAGGUUGACGUGCGUCUGGCGAUGCAGGCUGAAAUGCUGCUCCAGAAUGUGACACUAGUGCUGUUCUGUCUGGGAGUGGUGGGCGCCGUGUUUCCCUGGUUCCUGUUCUCCAUCAUACCUUUAGGGGCUUUCCUCUUCAUCGUCAACCGAAUCUCCAGGGUUCUCAUUCGUGAGCUGAAGCGCCUGGAAAAUAUCAGCCAAUCCCCUUUCACCUCUCAUAUCACCAGCAGUCUGCAAGGACUGUCCACUAUCUACGCUUACGGCAGGGGUGCUGACUUCAUACACAGGUAUCAAGCCCUGCUUGACACAAACCAAGCGUGCCAAUUUCUGUUCAGCUGUGCUAUGCGAUGGCUGGCUGUGCGUCUGGACCUCAUCAGUAUUUCCCUCAUCACCACAGUAGCCCUUCUCAUCGUCUUAAUGCAUGGCCAUAUUUCUCCUGCCUACGCUGGCCUGGCCCUCUCCUACGCCGUACAGCUGACCGGCCUGUUUCAGUUCACCGUGAGGCUCCUUUCUGAAACCGAAGCCCGAUUUACAUCAGUGGAGCGGAUCAAUCAUUACAUAAAGAACCUGGAAAGCGAAGGUCCUCGACAGAUCACUGGAUGCCCCACUUCCUCGUCCAGCUGGCCAGCAGAAGGACAAAUCACCUUCCAGGAUGUAGAGAUGCGAUAUCGGGAUGGUCUUCCACUGGUUUUGAAGAACCUCUGUUUUAGCAUUCUUCCAGAAGAGACCAUAGGGAUCGUUGGGAGAACGGGCUCAGGGAAAUCUUCACUGGGCGUCGCACUCUUCAGACUAGCGGAGCUAAGCCGUGGAUCAAUCAUCAUCGAUGGUGUCAACAUCGCUCACAUUGGUCUUGAGGACUUGAGGAGCAAGCUGUCAGUCAUCCCCCAAGAGCCCGUUCUUUUCAUCGGUACUGUCAGAUCAAAUCUGGAUCCCUGGGAUCAAUAUACAGACGCACAGAUCUGGGAAGCACUGGAAAAAACACAUAUAAAAGACAUGGUAAGCCAGUUACCUAAUUCACUACAUUCAGAAGUGACGGAUAAUGGAGAGAACUUCUCAGUGGGAGAAAGACAACUGCUCUGUGUGGCCAGAGCUCUUCUCAGACACAGCAAGAUCCUGCUGUUAGAUGAGGCAACAGCUGCUAUUGACACAGAGACGGACCGCCUCAUACAGGACACUAUUCGCAGCUCUUUCAGCGGUUGCACGACUCUAGUGAUCGCCCAUCGUCUCAACACUGUGCUGGGCUGCAACAGGAUCAUGGUGCUGGACCAGGGGCAGAUUUUGGAGUUUGACACCCCUUCAAACUUACUGACUGAUGAAAACUCCCGUUUCCAUGCCAUGAUGGAAGCCGCAGAAGAGACGUUUAGUCGCCCAUAAGUUUUAAAAAGGCACUGAAGACACAGACCUUCAGCACAACAACACACGCAGAGAGACAAGAGUCCUCCAACCUGCUGAGAUUUACACCAGAUGCAGAUUAAAAAUCUCUCAAGCUGCUCAAACUGAGAUUGUCCUUUUACUUGUUUGUACUCUCUAAGACAAUCAUAAUGUUGUAGUGAGGACACAGAGAGAGUUUGACAUAUGAUGUCAUGAAGACUAGCUUUCCAAAGGAAGCAUUCACAUUACCAGCACUUUAUUUGUGUUGCAUGGUUGAAAAAUCAUGGAGUCUGUCUGAACAAGUGCUGAUUAUGUGUUUUCAUAUAACAAGACACUUCCUUCUACCUGUGUGUGUGGUAGAAGUACAUUUUGCACAGUGAUGAUUGGGAUUUCUUUCGUUUCUAUAGAUUUGUAAUGACUAUAAGGUUAAUAUGCCUUACGGAAAACGGACUUUUUCAAGCAUAUAUGAAUCUAACCAAA